GCACCUUUCAUCCCAACUUCCAACUACUACAUAUCAUUUUUGAAUCAACCAUUCUUUUAAAUUAUAGAAAAGGUUUUAUUCGUUUACAAGUUACAACAAGACAUCCGUAUUGUAGUAUUGACAACCAAUUCCAAUUGGCCAUAAAAACAAUUAUAAGACAGGUUAGGUUAGGUACUUUACACCAUCACCAUGCAUAUAUUAGUGACCAACGACGAUGGUCCUCCGUCCCCGACCUCGUCGCCCUACGUACAUAGUCUAGUCCGCGAGCUUCAAAAACGAGGACAUACCGUCUCCGUCUGCUUACCCCACGCCCAACGUUCCUGGAUUGGAAAGGCCCAUAUGAUCGGUCAGACCGUGAAACCUCUCUACUACCGCCCUUCUGCCACCUUCGACCCUUCACCCAGCGCUGCCUCCCAACCUCAAGGAACUGUAUAUACACGACCCGGCACAGACAGAAAAGAAGAAGAAUGGGUUCUUGUGGAUGGAACACCGGCUAGCUGCGCCCAGAUUGGUCUACACCACUUCUUCAAAGAGAAAGGUCCAAUUGACCUUGUAGUAUCCGGUCCCAAUUACGGCCGGAAUACAACGGCAGUCUUCGCGCUCAGCUCCGGUACGCUGGGUGGCGCGCUCGAAGCCGCCGUAUGUAAAAAGAAGGCUAUCGCUUUGAGCUACGCGUUUUUCAGCCGUAACCACGACCCCGUCAUUAUCGAUGCCGCUACCCGGCACAGUGUGCGUGUUAUCGAAAAGCUGUAUGCCCAAUGGCCGACGGACAAGAGCGUUGACCUAUACUCGGUCAACGUACCGCUCGUCGAGGGCGUUGACGAACGAAAAACCCUAUGGACCGAAAUGUUGCAAAAUUAUUGGGGCGAAUCAUCUGUCUGUUUCGAAGAAGUCGAGGGAAGCGUUGGCGACGAGGAAGAGGAAGAAGAGAGGAUCAGGGAGGGAGAAGAAGCAAUAUCAUCCGGCGCCGUCGAUUCGAAAGCAAACGGCAAUAGUGGUGAGACAGAGCAGACCCGGUAUCCACACAGACAUUUCAAGUGGGCCCCGAAGUUUGCGGAUGUUUAUAAGAGUGUUGAGGAGUCGCCGCCAGGGAACGACGGGUGGGCGGUGAAGGAGGGUUUCACAAGUGUAACACCAAUGAAGGCAAAUUUCUAUCACACGGCAACGCACUUAUACGGAGAGGAGUUGAAAUUGGAUAAAUCGGAUUCCUUAGGAAUGGCAGUGCCUGCGUCGACUUUGAUAUACCAACCAAAGCACCACUUCUACGCCUUAGUUGCCUACGAAGACCCCUAUGUCCAACCACUUAUACUGUCUGCCCUGGAAAAGUUCUUCCCCCCUGAGUCAUACACUUUACUCUCGACUCCUGAUUCAGUGGCUCAGGGUGAACCCGUACCAUUAAGCAAGCUGUUGCCAGAAAACAGCAGUAGCCCUGUCCUACAGAUCACACCCUACGAAGCCAUCGACUGGGACUAUGUAGACUCACAUGCGGAGACAUGUAUGGUAAAUAGCUAUAUGCUGCGCAAGGCGCUCAUAAGAAAGCAUUACCUAUCAGCAACUGUUGAGCAAUGGGUAGCCAAGCGCCCUGAGUCGGUAUUAAAGACCCACGUGAAAAGGAGCGAGGCAUUCGAGCUAGACUACGCCGAAUUUCUAGACGACGCCCUCAUUGAGGCCUUCGAUUUACGUGCAAGCCUGGAGAAGAACGCAGCGAAUGAACCGGGCCACGAAGUCGAAUGGUGGAUUCUCAAGCCCAGUAUGAGUGAUAGGGGGCAGGGUAUCCGGUUAUUUAGCACGAUGGAAGACCUACAGGGAAUUUUUGACGAGUGGGAAGAGAACCUACCGGAUAGCGAGGAUGAGGAUGAAGAAGGCGAUGAUGACGCGGCCUCAAAUCCCGAUGCUGAUUCCGAGAGGCGCAACGAUAUCACCACCUCGCAUCUUCGUCACUUCGUGGCUCAGCCGUACAUACAUCCACCACUACUACUGCCCGGCGAUAACCGCAAGUUCCACAUCAGAACAUACGUCGCGUGCGUUGGUAGGCUGGACGUCUACGUGUACAGGGACAUGCUGGCGUUGUUCGCGGGCAAACCUUACACUGCGCCCACUACCAACACAUCGUCUGCCGCUGCCGCUCCCGACCUUGAGGCCCAUCUGACCAACACGUGCCUGCAGCGCUCGGUCGACGACGGCACGGUCCGGCGGUUCUGGGAGCUGCCGCUCCCGCCGCGCACGAAGGCGGACGUGUUCGCGCAGAUCUGCGACGUCACGGGCGAGGUGUUCGAGGCGGCCGCGCGCGCCAUGCAGAUGCACUUCCGGCCGCUGGGCAACGCGUUCGAGGUGUUCGGCCUCGACUUCCUGGUCGACGCCCGGGGGACCCCCUGGCUGCUCGAGGUCAACGCGUUCCCGGACUUCCGGCAGACGGGCGACGAGCUGCGGGGGUUGGUUCAGGGCCUCUGGGAGGAGGUGUUAAGGCGCGCGGCGUUGCCGUUUUUGGGGGUCGGGGAUGAGGAUGGCGCGGGCGCGGGCGCGGAUAGGGGCGAGGAGGAAGAAACUGAGGGGAAGAGGUUGGUGCUUGUUAGGAGGGUGGAUUUGGGGAGAUAGGGAAAGCAAUGUAUCGUAGAGUUAUGAUAAGAAUAGAGAUGAAUGGAUAGAUAGAAGGCUCUACCUAAGGUACAUAAUGUGUUAUGAAUUUCGGACACAGUUAUUGUUUGCUACCGAUGUCACCCGAUAUAUCGUCACUUUUUAUCUAUAGCUUAGUAGUUGUCCAGCCCUCAAGUAGAUAGGUUAGGUUAGGUUAGGUUAGGUACCUAGAGUUUAUAUUUCUUCGUGUAAUCGUAGAUCUAUUUUUCCC